CCUAACUGACAGGACGACGCCGAGCUGCAUCCCCUUCAUUCGGAGAAGAGAAGAAGAAGAAGAGGAGGAAGAAGAAGAAGAAGAAGAAGAAGAGCAUCCACCCCUCUCUCUCUCCUCCCAUCACUGCCACGGAAAGGGAGACUUCGAGACAUAUUUUCGGCUAAAAUAAUCCGCUUCCCCCCCCCACCCUGCCGUCAUGUCAGCUGGAGGAGAUUUGGGGAACCCCCUGCGGAAAUUCAAACUCGUCUUUUUGGGAGAGCAGAGCGUGGGCAAAACGUCUCUCAUCACCAGAUUCAUGUAUGACAGUUUUGACAACAAGUACCAGGCCACUAUUGGUAUCGACUUCUUAUCCAAGACCAUGUACCUGGAGGACCGAACGGUAAGACUGCAGCUGUGGGAUACAGCGGGACAAGAGCGCUUCAGGAGCCUCAUCCCCAGCUACAUACGAGACUCCACGGUGGCCGUGGUGGUCUAUGACAUCACAAACGUCAACUCAUUCCAGCAGACUUGUAAAUGGAUCGAUGAUGUCAGGACGGAGAGAGGAAGCGAUGUCAUCAUCAUGCUGGUGGGCAACAAGACGGACCUGGAGGAAAAGAGGCAAAUCACCAUCGAGGAGGGUGAGCAGCGAGCCAAAGAGCUCAACGUCAUGUUCAUCGAGACUAGCGCCAAGACCGGCUGCAAUGUCAAACAGCUGUUUCGUCGUGUUGCAGCAGCUCUUCCCGGAAUGGAGAGCCUGGACGAUGCAAAUCCUGAAGGCAUGAUUGACAUCAAGCUGGACAAACCAGCGGAGCCGAGCGUUCCUGAGGGCGGGUGCUCAUGUUAAUACAGAGCUGUGAUUGGUCAGCUCCCCUUCACACCAUAAAGCUUGUUGUUUUGCUUAACUACUACUGGUUAGCUUCCAGUUAAUUGGGACAUGUGAUGUAUCUGAUUGGACAAAUCAAACGUUCAAACUCUCAAUCAGUUGUUCAGUUGUAAAAUAUUGUAUACUUUGUCAAUAUGUAAGUGACAGGAGGACAAAAAAGGGGGUCUGGAAACAUAAAACAAUGCAGAAAAGGAAUACAACUGCUAAACUAAAAGGGAGUUUCUUUUUGCUGUUAUGUUUUGUAUUUUUUUAUAUAUAAAAAGGGAAAGCACCAAAAAUGAUGCCUAAAAAUAAAAGGAGAUAAUGGGGGGAUGUUGGUCAGCCAUUUUCCAAAACGGCUGAACAUGUUUGAAUGUCCGCAGCACGCAUGCACGCUGAUCUUUUUUCAUUUUUUUAACCUUUUGACCCUUUGCCUGCCUUUUCAGUGAUCCCUCUGGACGGCGGCUGACUUCUCUUUCGAAUGUUUUCUAGCAUCUUCUCUCUCGAUAGCGUCAUUCCCACACCAUUUCCUGUAGGCGCACAUAACGGUAGCUGUGAAAACGUGGCACUCUCGAUCUCUCUAUGGGUUCAACUUUUAUAGAAAGAAAUUGUACUGUGCUUUGAAAAUAUUAAUAAUAAUAAUAAUUAUCAUAAUAAUGUACACUCGAAAAAAUCCCUCAACUAUUCCCUCCUCCUCUUUCUUCCCCAUCCCUCCAUCCCGGAUGUGCACAUACAUAUAACGAUCCAUUGUAAUGCACUGCAACACUGUAUAUAAUAAUGUAAUAUGUAUGUUGUGAACGUCCUCUCUGUACAAGUGGUCCUUGUUCACCAGUAUGAAUAAUGUAAUAAUGUUUCAUGAUUAAUAAAUGACAGAUUAAAGGGC